AAAACCCUAGGCUGUGUCCUGGGGGGACAGGAGAGCAAUAGGGGCUAUGGGGCUACGGCGGGACGGGCCCCUUUCCACACAUAACCCUUCAAGAUCCCAGUGACAGAAGUUCACCUGUUACUCAGUGUAAAGGUGGGGGGUCAGAAUAGUCACUGUAUCAUUGGUGGGUCACGUGGUUAGUCAUCUACAGCCAUCAUGUGCCUUCAAGCCAGUCCUUGCCCACGCCGGGCACCUGCCAGUCACGCAGGUGGUCAGACCCCCACCCCCCACAGCAAGAAGGGUGCACCUGGCUGGUAGCAUAUCGCGAUGCCUGCUGGCCCUCCUGCCCUCAACAAUCCACACGCGUGCACACACACACACACUUAGCGGCAGCCUCACACCUGCUUUCCACACAAGGACACACAACAGACGCCAAGCAUACAGUGGCCCAGUGCCACUCAGGCCGGUGCUCCAGCGUGGACCAGGCCUGUCUCACGGCACAACAGGGAGGGUGACCAGGGAUAGGAUGAAGAGACCAGCCCCACCCCCAGCACCGACCCUGGGUUAGUUGUGGGGACCACAGCAAGAGGCCCCCAAGCUGAAGGGUCCCCUCUGCCUGUGCCCUGUCCCAGGACUGGCUGGGCUCCCGGGCCCUCCGCCUCCCCAGGGACCCCAGAAUCCAAGCAUCCUGCUCCAGCCACUGGGUGCCCUUGCCCACCCUGUCCCACACCUGGGGCCCCACUGGGAGGCUGGGAGCUUAUCAAGAGGCCCACACAAUUGUUUGUGAGCCUCUGAUUACAGUACAACUCCCUGGAUUAGCCGCUCAGGUAACACUGGUCUGGGGGAAACCCAUGACUCAGCAAUCUUUGGGGUAAAUAAUUUAACUGCAAUCCCAGCUGGCCAAGCAGUCAGAUGGUCACCACGGAGCACUGCCCGCGGUGGGCGCCAGUUCUGCCGUGGCCUGGCUCCUGGCUCCAGCUCUGAGCCAGAAGCCUGCCGCCCACACUCCCCCACCCGCCAACAAAAGCCAGAGGGCUCUGGAGGUCCAGCUGGCCGGCAGACUCUGGCCCCAACAGGCUGACAGGCCAGCUCCCUCGCUACCCUCCGGUCCUCCAAGCCUGUGAGAGGCCCCCUCAGUUUCCCCCAGAAGCGUGGCGGGCCGGAUGGAGGUGUCCCCUGAGUGCGUGCAGCGGGGCGGGGGGCCGGUGCUGGUCCGCCGGCGGUCCCCAGCGCCCCUGGGCCUGCGUGAGAUGCUCAAAGCCAGGCUGUGGUGGAGGUGCGCGUGCAGCCCGCAGAGGGCCUGGACGCUGGUGCAGGACCUGCUCCCCGCCACACGCUGGCUGCGCCGGUACCGCCCACGGGAGGCCCUGGCAGGUGACGUCAUGUCCGGGCUGGUCAUCGGCAUCAUCCUGGUGCCACAGGCCAUCGCCUACUCACUGCUGGCGGGACUACAGCCCAUCUACAGUCUGUACACGUCCUUCUUCGCGAACCUCAUCUACUUCCUCAUGGGCACCUCGCACCACGUGUCCGUGGGGAUCUUCAGCCUGCUCUGCCUCAUGGUGGGCCAGGUGGUGGACCGCGAGCUCCUGCUGGCCGGCUUUGGCCCCGCCCAGGACGGCGCUGGGCCCGGGGACAACGGCAGCAGGGUCAACGCCUCAGCCGCUGCCGGGGGGCCCGGUCCGCAGGACUGCGAGCAGGACUGCUAUGCCAUCCGCGUUGCCGCUGCCCUCACACUGGUAGCCGGCAUUUACCAGGUCCUCAUGGGCAUCCUCCGGCUGGGCUUCGUGUCCACCUACCUCUCCCAGCCGCUGCUCGAUGGCUUUGCCAUGGGGGCCUCGGUGACCAUCCUGACCUCCCAGCUGAGGCACCUGCUGGGCGUGCAGAUCCCACGGCACCAAGGGCCGGGCAUGGUGGUCAGCACGUGGCUGAGCCUGCUGCGCAGUGCUGGGCAGGCCAACCUCUGCGACGUGGUCACCAGUGCCACGUGCCUGGCUGUGCUGUUGGCCUCUAAGGAGCUCUCAGACCGCUGCCGGCACCGCCUAAAGGUGCCACUGCCCACGGAGCUACUGGUCAUUGUGGCGGCCACGCUGGUGUCCCACUUCAGCCAGCUCCACGAACGCUUUGGCUCCAGCGUGGCCGGUGACAUCCCCACUGGUUUCGUGGCCCCCCGGGUGCCAGACCCUGGGCUGAUGUGGCGUGUGGUGCUGGACGCUGUGCCCCUGGCCCUCGUGGGCUCUGCCUUCUCCAUCUCUCUGGCUGAGAUGUUUGCCCGGAGCCACGGCUACUCCGUGAGGGCCAACCAGGAGCUGCUGGCCGUGGGCUGCUGCAAUGUGCUGCCUGCCUUUUUCCACUGUUAUGUCACCAGCGCCGCCCUGUCCAAGAGCCUCGUGAAGACGGCCACCGGCUGCCGCACGCAGCUGUCCAGCGUGGUCAGCGCCGCCGUGGUGCUGCUGGUACUGCUGGCCCUGGCGCCACUGUUCCGGGACCUGCAGCGGUGCGUGCUGGCCUGCGUCAUUGUGGUCAGCCUGCGGGGCGCCCUGCGCAAGGUGAGGGAUGUUCCAAAGCUGUGGCGGCUCAGCCCUGCUGAUGCGCUGGUGUGGGUGGCCACGGCAGCCACCUGUGCGCUGGUCAGUGUAGAGGUGGGGCUGCUGGCCGGCAUCCUCCUGUCUCUGCUCAGCCUGGCUGGCCGCACCCAGCGCCCGCGGGCUGCCCUGCUUGCUCAGAUCGGGGACUCUGGCUUCUACGAGGACACUGCGGAGUUUGAGGGCCUGGUCCCUGAGCCUGGGGUGCAGAUAUUCCGCUUUGCAGGGCCGCUCUACUACGCCAACAAGGAUUUCUUCCUGCGGUCACUCUGCAGCCUCACGGGGCUGGAUGCAGGGCACGUGGCCACCAGGAAGAAGGAGCGGGCCCUGGAGGCGAGGGCCAGUGAGCGAGACCCUGUUGAGGGCGUGGACCUGGGCCCAGUGACCAGCACGGCUGCACUGGUGACCACGGCAGCCAGCUUCCAUGCUGUGGUCAUCGACUGUGCCCCAAUGCUAUUCCUGGAUGCAGCCGGUGUGGCCACGCUGCAGGACCUGCGCCGAGAUUACGGGGCCCUGGGCAUCACCCUGCUCCUGGCCUGCUGCAGCCCCUCGGUGAGGGACACCCUGAGGAGAGGUGGCUUCCUUGGGGAGGACCAGGGGGACGCGGCUGAUGAGGGGCAGCUCUUCCACAGCGUGCACAGCGCCGUGCAGGAGGCCCGAGCCCGCCGCAGGGCGCUGGCAGCCACGGACUCUGCCCUCUAGCAGCGUCCCAGGAGCCCUCAGCAGAUACGCUCCCACAGCCGGUCACCGACCACUCACCACACCCCUCCAAGAAUGGCACUGGGCCCCUCCACCCUGGAGGAACCAGGGAGCACACAGAAGCCCCAGACACUUGAACAUCCAAGAGCGGCACCUUUGAAACAAACUGCCACGGAGACACCCUGGGCCCGCGUGCUGUGCGUCCGUGGUCCUGCAGGGUCGAUUUGACACCAGGUGUCACCUCCUAUUUGAACAAGGGCCCAAGGCAAUCAGGAUGCCUCCACGAUGCCCACAGGAUACUGGUCCCUUGGCCUGCCCAGUCCUGGGCCCACUGGUGAGAGGGGGCAGCUCUGGCCGGGGGCCUGAGGACCUCCGUGUCUCUGAAGUCUUCCAAACACACACCCAAGUGUUCCUUUGUCCCACGCCUUGGCUGGGCGGAGCGUUGCAGGGCCGAAGUGGGGUGGGACCGACGCAACUUCAGCCCAGCCCUUGGGCAGCGUUCCUGCAAAGCCUGACCCACAUGCACAUCACAUGAGGUAUGUGGGUGCACACUUGCUGGUGCUGGUUCAGCCACAAAGCUGGCGCAGUGGGACACCAACCUGCCCCUGUGCCUCUAAGUGAUAUCCAGCGGGAUGUCAGCUGUGCCCAGUGCAGGGGCUGCCCAGCACCCACCAGAGCCCCACACAGGACACUCUGCUGGGAAGUGCGAGGGCAACAGCUCCUCAGAGCAGGAUUCCUCUCUUCUGCCCCCGCCACGGCCCUCACACUGCCCGGUCCUGCACACCCCAACACAGUUCUCCCCUUAGCCUCGGUCCUGCUCUCCAUAAAGGGGGCUCUGCCGGCUGCCCCAU